AUGGAUCCAUAUCACGGGAAAGAACUGAACGGUUGUCCACAACAAAAACCAGAUUAUUCUUGUGAAGAGUACGAGUUGACAGAAUAUUAUCAACCCAAUUCAAGAGGAAUUCCCACAUAUGAACAUACUCGAGAUUAUGAAUUAUUAGAGAAUAUGGUUGAUUCACUUUCACAACAAACGACUCAACUCUUGAUCUCGUCCUCCUCCUCCGAAGAAGAAGAUCUUUCAUCCAGUCAUCCAACAACUUCUCUUGACUUUUCACAUCCUUCCAAUGAUUCUCUUUCACAUGAAUCCUCUCCUUCUUGUUCCCGAUGGUUCCAAAAAUUCAAACAUUCCUUUCAAAACUUUCUUCAUUCCCAAAGUUAUGCUCAUCUAUUAAUGAUGACCUCAUUGCUUACAUUUGGAGGUUUUUGUGUACUCGCUCCUCAACCUAUUCGAGCCAUGCAACCUGCCAUCUUCUCAUUGGUAAGAUCAGUUGCCAUCACGUUGAUUCUUUUACCUCUUUCUCUGGUGGUGGAUCGAACCUUUUCAUUUCGAUCACGACGUGUCUUGUCUCGAAUUCAAAAUCCAAUCCUUCGUUUAUGGAAGAUGAAAACACCUCCGUGGAAAGUAUUUAAACGAUUGGUACUGUGUGGAUCUAUGAAUUUAUUGAAUAUCGUCUUGUUUAUUGUUGGAUUGGAUCUUACCAAUGCAACCAUGGCAGGAAUUUUACAACCGUUAGUGGCUGUUGAGGUGUGUUUCAUUUCGAUUGUCUUGAGACGUGAGUCGAGAGGAGUGGUGAAAAUUUUGGGAGUUUUCAUGUCAUGCUUGGGAGCUAUUGCCAUGGUUGGAGUUUCUACUUUGACUGCUACGAACUCGGAACAAGGCGGUGACAAACCAGAGUCUAAUGGUACUACUACCUCUUCGAAUUCGUUAAGGGAAUGGAUUCAAACCUUUUCAUUCACGAUAGGAAUGGCCUUAGUUCUGCUGAAUACUUUAACUCUUGCUCUAUAUAUUGUGUUGUUGAAGAAAUUGACCACACGAAUUCCCACAGUCACGUUAAGUUUAUGGACCUAUCUUGGUGGAUUGUACAUUCCAUUAAUUGCUGCAUGUUUUUAUAUACCUUCCUUUCGAUUCUACAAAUUGAAUGCUCAAUCAUAUAUUGGAUUAGCGUAUGCCAUUGUCAUUCAUGGAGCUUUGAGUUUGAUUAUAAAAUCCAAAGCAGCUGGGUUGACCUCUCCAACUGUGAUUGGAAUUUAUAAUACCUUGUCACCCAUGGUUACUACAUUCAUGACUGUAUUCAUUUCAGGAGAACGAGUUUCACUUUGGAAUUUACCUGGAGCUGUGGCCAUUGUGGUGGGAUUGGUGCUGGUAGUUUUUUCCAAAUGGAGAGAAGAAGUAAGAAUUCGAAAAGAAAUCAAAGAUUCAAGCCUGUGA